AUGACGCAAAACCUCACUAUCGUUCCGCAGGGCCUCAGAAAACAUCUCCUCAAGUCACUAUCAGCCUUGAACGUCAGUUCUUUAGAGAUGUGGUACCUUCACGCCCCUGAUCACACAGUACCAUAUGAGAUCACCUUUAAAGCCGUCAAUGACUUGUACAAUGAAGGCUACUUCAAAAGAUUAGGAAUCAGUAACUACGCAUCUUGGGAAGUCGCCGAAAUAGUUGGAAUCUGCAAGGCUAAUGGAUAUGUCCAACCUACGGCAUAUCAGGGCAUAUACAACGCUAUACAUCGAGCUGUCGAGCCAGAGCUUCUUCCGUGCUUACGAAAAUUUGGUAUAAGUUUCUAUGAGUUUAAUCCGCUUGCGGGAGGAUUUUUUACUGGUCGCUACAGCUCCAUUGACGAUACACCAGAAUUGGGUUCUCGAUUCGAUCCUGAUCGGACUCAGGGAAAGAAUUACCGAAACAGAUAUUGGAACGAGCCAUACUUCAAGGCUCUGGCCUCAAUUCGCGUUGUUGCAGAGAAACACAACUUAACUUUGACUGAGGUCGCUCUGCGUUGGAUUUCUCACCACAGUUUGUUAAAAAAAGAUAAAGGGGAUGCUGUUCUUAUAGGCGCCUCUAGUCUGAAGCACAUCAAAGAGAAUCUUGUUGACUUAGAAAAAGGUCCCCUUCCUGAGGACGUUGUGAAAGCUCUAGAUGAUGCCUGGAAUAUUGUCCAACCUUAUGCCACUCGAUACUUCAAAUGA